AACACGCUGUGUUUAUCCAAUCGCAAAUAUUAGUCCUCCUUUCCUUUUACCUCUACCUUAGGGGGAUACAUUGAAAAGUGAAAGCAGGACCUUCCUUCCUUCCUUCCUUCCUUGGCUCUCUCUGUCUGUGCGUGUAAAGUUCUCCGGUUGACAAAAGAAAGAUAUAUACUUGUGGUGGUGGGGGCAUUUCCCCCCUCUCUCUCUCUCUGUCUCUCAACUACUGAAAUUACAAGUGAAGAAGAAGAAGAAGAAGAAAAGGAAAAUCAGUCUCUCUGUAGUUGUAGUUGUAGUUACAAGAGAGGGAGAUCAAGAUAGAUAAUGGGGAUGAUUACUCAAGCCUCCAUCGACCAGCUCCAAGCACUCAUGGACCAAGUGGAGGAGCCACUCAAAAGAAGUUUCCAGUGUAUGCAUCAGGGCUACCCAACUGAAACAUACGUGAGAUUCCUAAAAGCAAGAGAAGGCAUUAUUAUGAAGGCCUUCAAAAUGUUGGUAGAUUGCUUGAAAUGGAGAGUUGAAAAUGGCAUUGAUGAUAUCUUAGCAAAACCUAUCAUUCCUGUUGAUUUGUAUAGAGCAGUUCGAGAUUCCCAGCUUGUAGGAUUGUCAGGUUACACCAAAGAGGGCCUUCCUGUUUUGGCCAUUGGCGUUGGACUCAGUUCCCUUGACAAAGCUUCGGCACACUACUAUAUUCAGUCACACAUCCAAAUCAAUGAGUAUCGAGACCGUGUAAUACUGCCUGCUACCACGAAGAAGCACGGGAAGCAUAUUAACAAAUGUUUGAAGGUUUUAGAUAUGACAGGUCUCAAGAUUUCAGCAUUGAGCCAGAUAAAGUUAGUAACCAUUAUUUCCACCAUUGAUGACCUGAAUUAUCCAGAGAAGACGCUGGUUUAUUAUAUUGUCAAUGCUCCAUAUGUGUUUUCAGCUUGUUGGAAGGUUGUGAAGCCUCUCCUGCAUGAGAGGACGAGGAAGAAAGUCCAGGUUCUGUCUGGCAAUGGAAGGGAUGAUUUGUUGAAGAUAAUGGAGCAUACUUCGCUGCCACACUUUUGCCGAAAAGAAGAAGGGUCUUCUGGAUCUUCCCGCAACACAUCCUCCCAUAAGUCACCGGAGAGUUGCUACUUAUUAGACCAUCCUUUUCAUCAACAGUUCUACACAUACAUGAAGCAGCAAGCAGCAGCUGCACUACGUGAAGCAGUGACCUCCUCCUCCUCCUCCUCCUCCGCUGCCACACCUGUAAAACAGGGCUCCUUUCUUCGUGUUGCUUUACCAGAUGCAUCAUCUGCACAUGACCACCUCCACAACACUAGUCAAAAAGGGUUUUCCGGUUCGUUGGAUGACUUGACAUUGAGUAGUGAGAAUGGGAAAUAAACUUCUUUUUUUCUGCCCUCUCCCAUCCACCUUACCUUACCUUACCUUUAAGAUGACAUGAUAAUUUAAUUUAGCUGCUGGCAAUAUAUAUAUCUAUGGAAUAAGAAGAAGAACAUAAUAAUAAUAAUAUUACCAACAGCUUGCAUGUGAGCGUUGAUUAUUCUAAUUAAGAUAUGCUAAAUUUAUAUUACAUUCCUUUGUAAA